AUGACCUCCCCUGGUGUUGCCUGUACUGCUGCCCGUGCUACUGUCCCUGCUGCCCCCAAUGCUGCCCGUACUGAUGCCCCUCGCUCUACCACUCCUAGUACCCGUACUAUCGCUGCUUCAUCAAAUUCGUUGAGGCAGCAGACCCUGAUUGAGCUGAUCAAGGAUCAGCAGGAAAAAAUGGCUGUUGAGAAGAGGCUAAGUGCCAAGCUGAGGGCAGAGUCCGAAGCCCGGAACAAGAAAAGGACGGGCGAGCGGAGUCUGAGGCUAGAAAGGGGAAGCGUUCUGCUACCCAGGGAUCUGCUAUAUUCUAACAACUUCUUCGAGAUACUAUCGGACAAUGAAUCGAUGGCUAUGGAUGACUGCAGCGUGGGAGAUUCGGAGCUGGAGGUACCUGCCCCCAACAACAGGCCCUCUGCAGCUACCGGAUCUGCCCCUGUGCUAGAUAGCAAUGAAAAAACGUGGGGAAGGCUGCAGCCGCUGCUGGCUAUGGCUAGGAAACGCCUCUUGGCCUACAGGGUGACAGGGAACGAGCACCGCCGUGCGCAUUUGGAACAACAGCAGCAGCAGUCGCACCAGAGCCAGCGCCCAAAUCCAUCCAACUACAGGACUCAUCCACGACAACGGCAACAGCAUCACCCAUCACUGACGGCCAAUACUGCUGAUGCUCCACGCACAGGGCGCACCCACCUUCAACAACAGCAGCAGCAGGGGCUGCAGCCUCAACAGCCUCAACAACAUCAGCAUCAGCAACGACAGCGGCAGCAACGUCAGCCCACCAUUGCGUCGACGACGACUGCUCCCACAACUGACUGGCGACAGAGGAUGCGCCACCCAAAUCAGCCUACAAUCAAUAACCCAUUUAGACAGCAACAGCAGCAUGUGUAG